AUGGUGAAGGCGGACGUCCGAAGGGAUUACUAUGCGGACCUGGGAGUGGCGCCCAGCGUAGAAGCUGAAGACAUCAAGAAGCAAUUCCGAAAACUAGCGCUGAAAUACCACCCCGACAGGAACCCCGGGAAAGAGGUCGAGUUCAUUGCCAAAUUCCAGGCUAUCCAAGCGGCCCAUGAAAUUCUGAGCGACCCCCAACAACGACUUAAGUACGACACGGAUCGCCUACGUGCUGGCUACGGCAAGAAUUAUGGCCCCCCUCGAGCGAAUACCCAACGCAAGGCCCAACCCACCAGCUAUACCCCCACGGGCCCUCCGAAAACACCCAACUCGAAACCCCCGUUUGCAAAUCGACCCAACCCCUCAACGAAUGGCCCUUCAGCCGGCGCGCAACGGUAUGCGUCACACGCCCGUGCAGGGCCACAAUGGCAAAAACCACAGGAUGAGGCGCAGACAAGGGCAGACGCGUUCCGGGGCUUCCAGGGAAUGAGAAACUCCAAUACAGGAAGCUGGCAAAACUUUGAUCCUCGGACUGGGCGCGCAGCCCCUAAUCCGGGUGCCACGCCCAGACAGAAUGCGCCCUUUGGGCAGUCUGCACGACCCAAGUCCGCGUUUGAAUACUUCCGAGAAAAUUACAGGACCCAGAAGCCUUCUACCCCGCAGUCUCCCAAGAAAAGACAGGGCUUUGCCCCGGGAACCGCGGGAGGAGACGAGCCCAUGGCCCGGAAUACCUCUUCCUAUACCAGUCGGAGUGAUCGGCCGACCAGCCAUUACUUUGACGCUGCGCCUCCGCCAACCGCGAAGAAACCAGCGGAGCCGGAAUCCACCUUUGUUUCUCCGGAAUUUGAGCGGGCAAGUAGUCGGUAUGCUAAGGCGGGAGGCGAGAGGACGUUCUUCUCGAGCGAUGAGUUUGGCCGUUCAGCAAGCGUGCGGACUCCUUCAGGGUCAUAUCGACCCAAUUCGCGUACGAAUCCACCAAGCCCCGUACCUCCCCAGCCCGACAGACACCGCAGCGCCAGCCCCAAGGAUCGACGAAACCGAACCUACUCCGCAUCCACAAGCUCGAGUGAUUCGGAGGACGACGAAGAAGAGAGUGUACGCCGGCGCAGCAAAUUCAAACCAAAAGCUGUGCCGAAGAGCCGGCUUCGACCACAUCAAAAGUUCUCCGACUUCCAUCGCCAAGACUACUCGAGUCCCGGAACUGGUGAGGAUCCUUUCACUCAGUCGAGCAGCCAGGAAUCUCGGCCUUCAUCGCCGCCACGGCAACACUACUUCUCUUCUCGGGGAUCCCGGAAGAGCUAUACUUUCGUGGAUUUGACCGCUGACAGUGAUGAUGCCAAAGGACACAACUCGGAUAGUGCCGCCUUUCCCAAUGGCUCCUCCUACCGGCCAGAUCAGCAAUCUAGUUCCCAUGACCCUUUUCGAACUGGCACGGCCCAACACACAGCUCGGCCUCAAACUACAGCGUUCGGCCGCAGUCACUCCAAUGACCUGCACAAAAAGUUCUCGGCUGAGGAUUGGAGAGAUCAUCUGGACAAGUUCGACUUUCUAGGCUCGAGCUCGGCAGCCAAACCGCCACACCAGGCCUCGCCUACUCCGCAGAAUCAGGGGUGGACGGCGGCUCAAAAUGGCCCAGCACAGCCGUCGCAGCCGGCAGCAUCCCCCGACUUGAACCCUUUCGGUGCCAUGCCCCAGCAACAAAAACAGCCACAACAGCAGCAGCAGCCCACUCCAUUUGCACAAGCGAAAUUUUCCGCAGACGAGUGGAUCCAGCAGCUCAAUAAUCUUCAGUGGGCAAAUCCGAAAGCCGCCAGCAAUUCACAAUCGACAAAGAUCCCGCCGUCCCGAAGCCCCAAGAAACAGACCAGGCUGGGAGCUAAAGUGCGGAGUGCUCCACAGCCGGCGAGCCGGCACCCUUCCCAACCCGACCGGACAGCAGACACCGAGUCGAUGGAUGUGGACGAUUUAUCCACGCCGCCUGACUACCCGAUCAAAUUCGACGAGACCCCUCAGGAUGUAUAUCGCUCGAUGUAUCCUGACAUUAACUCUCACGGCGCCCAAGAUGCACAUACGCCAGCGAGCAAAUCUCAACCGCCCUCACAGACCGAGAGCACGGCUGCAAAUGCAGAAACUCGACCACCUUUCUUCAACCUCGAUAAUCUCCGUAAUUCUGCACCCUUCACCACUACCAAUAGCGGGGGCAUUGACAACUUGGGCGACGUUGAGGCGGAGCUUCCGUUUGAAUCACAAGCAAAACAACAGAAGACGAUGAAAAAGGAUAUUCGUCCUCGAGAACUCAAAUGCCCCAACCCUCCCAAACGGCCCUGGGCGCCAAGACCGGCGCCUGUAUACCCGGGUUCGCAGCAGCUCACACUCUCGCGCGACAAGUGGAACUGGUACGUGUCGGCGAUGGGCACGUACAUGCACGAGUGGAAUGCCUUCAACCGCCGCAUGCUCCUACACUUCAAUACUCGCCAGGAGGCGAUCGAGACAGGACUAGCGCCUGGGUGGGUCAGUGCGGUUGGAGACUCGGCGCGACUUAAAAUCAACGGCGAUGAUGACGAUGACUCGGCCCUCACAGCUGAUGACGAGAAUGAGGAUGAGUCUCUCGUCCCGGGCAGCGGCAAGGGCGGGUUCAGCGCCUACCUGCGCGGCAUCGAGGAGGACAUCCAAGUCCGAAAGCAUUGGGAAGUGGCUUGUGAGAUGCAUCGCGAAUGCAUUUUCGAUCUGGGCCGUCUGCGCGAAUGGAUCCGGAAUGGCGGGAAGGUGGUGUAA